CGUUACCCUGGUUGUUUCUCUCUCUAAAAAUGCUCUCACCCAUUGGCCUUCUUGUUUCUCUCAGCGUUGGGAAGGUGCCCUAAUUCUCACCUAACCUUAAUUCUAAUCUUUUCCACUUCCUCUCUCCUCUUUGUUUAAAAUCCUAGGGUCCACACCAGCAUUCAUUCUCAAAUCCAAAAAAUUAAACCUAAGGUUAGAAGUAAUAAAUAUAUGGCCGAACCCUAAUCCUAGUUAUAAUAUUUUGGUUUACUGAGAUUUGGGUAUUUAAAUACUCGCGUCCCUUGAAGUUUUUUCCAUAUCCAAAAAAUUUGAAACCAUUUGUAAUGGCCCGGAUUGUAUCAGACCCAAAAUUUCAGUCGACCCAAUUAGGUUUUCCGGCGACUUUUUCAGGACUCUGGCCGGAUGAUGUCGCCGGACAAAGGUCUGAGGGCCCAUCCCCGACUCUCGGAGAGCUGCUAAAACACGUCGGUGAUACUCGCGGCGAUCAGGAAGCUGAUCCCCGGGCUUUGGAGUUCACUGAUUUGAGUUUGAACCAGAGAGCGCUCCCCUUUAUCCUCUCCUUUAACAAUCUCAGUUACAGUGUUAAGGUUAGACGGAAGAUCACUUUUUCUGGCCUCUUUUCCGGUAAGAAAGACAUUGAAGCUGCCGGACCUGAAGGUCUGAACAAAUUUACUGAGACCAAAACUCUCUUGAAUGACAUAUCCGGUGAAGCAAGGGAUGGUGAAAUCUUAGCUGUUCUUGGAGCUUCAGGUUCCGGGAAAUCAACUCUGAUCGACGCGCUCGCGAACCGGAUAGCGAGGGGGAGUUUAAAGGGCUCAAUCACCCUUAAUGGAGAGAGAUUGGAAGAAAGAUUAUUAAAGGUAAUCUCAGCUUAUGUGAUGCAAGAUGAUUUGUUAUUUCCAAUGCUCACUGUCGAAGAAACCCUAAUGUUUUCGGCUGAGUUUCGACUCCCCCGAACACUCUCAAAGUCGAAAAAGAGAGCCCGUGUGCAGGCCUUGAUCGACCAGCUGGGCCUACGGGCUGCAGCAAAGACGAUCAUCGGCGACGAGGGCCACCGUGGUGUAUCAGGAGGCGAGAGGCGUCGUGUGUCGAUAGGAAUUGAUAUCGUACACGACCCCAUCCUCUUAUUCCUUGAUGAACCAACUUCAGGUCUCGACUCAACGAGCGCAUUCAUGGUGGUGAAGGUGCUUCAGCGAAUCGCGCAGUCGGGUAGCAUCGUGAUAAUGUCCGUGCACCAACCGAGUUAUCGAAUUCUCGGUUUGUUGGAUCGACUGAUCUUUUUAUCCAGGGGCCAGACGGUGUACAGCGGUCCUCCAUUGAAAUUGCCUGAUUUCUUUUCAGAAUUCGGGCACGCAAUGCCUGAAAGCGAGAACAGGACUGAAUUUGCUCUGGAUUUGAUUCGCGAGCUCGAGGGAACACCAGGAGGGAUCAAGGCCUUGGUUGAGUUCAACAAACAAUGGCAGAAAGCGUACCCGCCUCAAGCCUCACCGACUAGGCAAGGGCUGAGCCUCAAGGAUGCGAUAAGUGCGAGUAUAUCCCGAGGUAAGCUCGUUUCCGGUAAGCCUGAAACCGAUUCGAGUUCUAUGAGCUCGAGCUCUUCAGCUAUGGCUACGUUUGCUAACCCUUUCUGGACUGAGAUGUGGGUUUUAACGAGGCGUUCGGCCUUAAAUAUUAGGCGAACGCCCGAGCUCUUCUUGAUUAGAUUGGGCGCUGUUGUGGUCACUGGAUUCAUCUUGGCGACCAUAUUCUGGAAGCUCGAUCACUCGCCAAAAGGGGUGCAAGAAAGGCUCGGGUUCUUCGCGUUUGCCAUGUCCACCACUUUCUACACUUGCGCCGACGCAUUGCCCGUGUUCUUGCAAGAGAGAUACAUAUUCAUGAGAGAGACUGCGUACAAUGCAUACCGCCGAUCUUCUUACGUGCUAUCGAAUUCGGUGGUGGCUGUGCCGGCCCUGGUUCUCCUCUCUGGAGCCUUCGCAGCAAGCACAUUCUGGGCCGUCGGGCUCGGGGGUGGAACCUCCGGAUUCUUCUUCUUCUUCCUCAUCAUCUUUGCCUCAUUCUGGGCUGGUAGCUCCUUUGUGACCUUUCUAUCAGGUGUGGUCUCUCAUGUUAUGCUUGGGUACACAGUGGUGGUUGCCAUAUUGGCAUAUUUCUUGCUCUUUAGUGGCUUCUUCAUCAAUAGAGAUAGAAUUCCAGCUUAUUGGAUCUGGUUCCAUUACCUCUCUCUGGUUAAGUACCCAUAUGAAGCUGUCCUACAAAAUGAAUUUAAUGACCCUACAAUUUGUUUCUCAAGGGGCACACAGGUCUUUGAUAACACCCCUCUUGGUGCAAUGACCCCAGCCAUGAAAACCAUGUUCUUGAGGUUACUUAGUGGAAGCAUUGGGAGGAAUGUGACUGAAUCAACUUGUGUGACCAGUGGGGUUGAUAUAUUGAGAGAGCAAGGGAUUACACAGUUGGGGAAAUGGGAGUGUUUGUGGGUUACUAUUGCUUGGGGUUUCUUCUUUAGGAUUCUCUUUUAUUUCUCUUUGUUGCUUGGUAGCAAGAACAAGCGCAGGUGAUUAAUCAGUGGUGGUGGUUGUGGUUUUCAUUUUGAAGAAUAUGAGAUUGCUUCUUUUUCCUUGCUU